AUGAGAGUUGGGUGUGUGGCGGGUAGUUCGUUAAGGUGUGUGGGAGGAUGGGCUGGGAGAGGGUGGGGGGGGGGGGGGGGAUUUAGUGGGGGUGUAUGGGGGGGCGCAUGUUGGUGUGGGUGUGGUAGGGAGUUAAGGUGCUUGGGGGGGCGGGGAGGGCGGGGGCUGGAGUCUUUGGAGGUGGCGUUGGAGGGAAGGGGUAUGCGCGUGCGGGGGGUUGCGGUGGGUUUGGGGGUGGGCGGGGGUGGGGGGUGCGUCGGUUGGGAGGGAGGUUGGGUAGAGUGGGUGGGUUCGGGGGUGGGGGGUGGGGAGGUUGAGAGGGAGGGGUGUGGGGUGAUUCGGGAAAGGGUUGGUUUAGUUGGAUCUGGGGGUCGGGUGGGGUGUGGGGUGAGCAGGGGGACGGGGUGGUUAAAGUGGGGAUUGUGGGUGGUCUGUACGGGUUUGGUGUGGGGGUGGGGGGGGUGGUUUGUGGUGGAUGAGAUUCGGGAGAGGGGCGUAUGUGGUUGGGAGGUGGUCACGAGUCAAGGGCAUGGGAUCGAUGGGCGCAGUUCAGAGAGCGUGGGGGGGGGGUUGGGAUGUGUGGUAUUCCACCUCGUAGGGUGGGGUGGUUGGUUAGGUAGGAGUAUAGGGGGGGUUUGUUGCCGUGGGGUGGCGAUGGGGGGGGAGUGUGGGGGGGUUGCAAUUGUGGUGGUUGGGAUGAGGAUGGGGGGUGAUAGGGGUGGGAUCCGUUGGGGGAGGGGGGUAGAGGCGUUGAGGGGGAUUGGGGUUCGUUCGAGGGAGGGGGGGACUGGGGGAAAUGUGGGGGUUUUGUUGUGGUGGUCGGUGGGUGGAAAGGGGGGGGCUGGGAAGCAUAGUGUGGAGUUGUGUUGCUGGGCGGUGGAGAUUCUGAGGGGGAUGAGGGGUGGUUGGUUGCGGGUCGGGCGGGUUGCGAUUGGGUUGGGUGUGGGGUGUGGGCUGUGGGGGGUUGGGGGGGGACGUGGUAUGACGGUUUGGUUGUCUGGCAGUUGGGAUUGGGGGCUGGUGGGGGAGGGUCGUUUUGGGUUUGGGGAAUUGUGGGUUGGGGGGGGGGGGUUUGGGUCCGUUGUGGUAGAGGGGUACUUUUGUGGCAGUGAUGGGAAGGGGGGGGGGAGCGGGUUGGAGGAAGGAGGAGGGGGAGGUUAG